AUGGCGUCCCCUAUUCCGUAUCGUCGUAUCUGUUCAAAUAAUUCGCUUAUCCUACCUCGUAAAGAUGAGGAAAUGAUGUCGCUGUGGCCGUGUUUCCUUGGUUGGUUUCGAUAUAUUAUUUUUUAGCUUAUGAUCCCAUCCUCGUCGCCAUAUGAACAGUCUAUUUGAUAACAGUUUUAUUAUAACACAACACUUCACAAUACACCGAUCUAAGAGAGCGGGAGUUCUCUAGUGUUUCCACUUACCGGCUCGUGUUUCCACUUACUGGAUAUAACAGUGGUGGGGGGGGGGGAUCAGUGUGGAUCUUUUCUGGAACGACCCAUUUCAACCAGUAGCGAACUUAGUUUUGGCUGCUGUCAGUAGAAAAUAUUUGUUCUCGAUUAUCUCUGUAUUCUAGUUCCGGGAAGACAACUUUCAACUAAGGACAUGUGAAGAGCAUGAUAACCAGUGUGCUGAGAUAGAAGAAGACCCAGCAUUGUCAACCACAUAUGGUGUGAAUUUUUUAUCAGCUUUAUGCCAAUCCAGAUUCUACCAUGUGAUUGGUGGCUUACCCGGUGAUGCAAUGCAUGAUGUUUUAGAAGGCUGUCUCCAGUAUGAAUGCAAAGAACUUCUGAAAUACCUGAUCUGUGAGAGAAAAUUCUUCAGCCUCAACCACCUAAAUUCUAGUAUCCACAACUUUGACUUUGGAUACCAAAAUGACUCAGAUAAACCAUCUCCAAUCUCGGAAUUAACACUUCACUCAAACAGCAACACACUACAUCAGCGUGGUAAGUGCCUUAUGGAUCAGGUUCAAGUUUGGGAAAGUAAUAGCACACAUUAAGCACAUUAAUGUUUUGCUAUAUCAUACUGUAGAUUAAUAUCAUAUUUUAUCUUCAGCUUUUCUAAUCUAUAUAAAAUAUACUUUAGGAUUGACCUUCCUUAGUGGAUAAAAUUCUGAAUUAUUGUAUUUUCUUGUCUUCAGCUGCCCAGAUGUGGUGCCUAGCAAGAUUUGUACCACUUCUUGUUGGAGCAAAGGUUCCUGAGACUGAUGAGAAAUAG